UGUAGGAUGUAUGCGUGAAAGUGUAUGUGUGAGUUUUUGCGUGCAUGCACGCAUGCUCGUGUUGACAGGAAGUGUGUGAAGGCAGAUGGACAGUGAGCUUCCAGCCUUGAAGGUCAGCCUGCCAAAGUCUCUAUCAGGUUUCUACAGCACCGGGCACCGGCGUCUUUGCCUUUCUGAGCCUCUCUAGCUCUUAGCAGUCCUGGGAAACAGGAGCCUACCGCAAACCACACUCGACUCCUCCUCAUCAUACUGAUCGUCCGCUUCGGAGAGGAUACAGCAAGUGCUACCUACAUAGCAUACCUGUACCAGUGGAUUUAUUGCAGUAGUUGUGGUUUGUCAGCAUUUUUGCUGUUAGCGCAUGAUGACCUUUUUUUUUUGCAUGCAGAAUAUGAUGCAGAUCAGAUCACAAUAGUUGCUAUAAUGUGUCUGAUAUGAAAGAAAGAUUCUGAUAUAUUAGAUAUUAUUAGGAAAUAUAAGUAUAAGUAGUUAUAUAAGAGCUGAACAAUUCACGGGCCUUAUAUCGAAAAACGCAUUCUGAAGGAUUUUAACUUUGUAACUUUGUUUAUGUUUAGCAAACUAUGAUUAGCAUUUAUCUUAUCUAAAGUGUAAUCUAAAGUGAAGUAGCUUUACACAGUUGCUGUAGCCAAGGCCUUGUAUCUCUCUGAGUGUAUGAUAAAGUCAGAUUAGUGGUGAACUGUGAUCAUUUCUGGGACUUACUUUAUAAAGAAAGACACAAAAAACACUAAAAAAGGUCUGACAAGAGAGGAUCAACAUGCCUUGCUCUCCAUUCCGAUUUGGAAGGCCAAAAAAGUUCUGGAAACAGGAUGGAGGAGAGCCUCGUAUCUCUAGCACUCUAGACACUACACUGCUCCAGGCUCCACUGCCCUACACUGCCCCUGCAUUCCUAAAGAGCAGCAGAAUGGAUGAACAGCGGUGUGCCCUGCCUCCACCCCUUAAGACUGAGGAGGACUACAUCCCAUACCCCAGUGUUCAUGAGGUGUUAGGCAGGAAAAGCCCUUUUCCUCUGAUCCUGCUGCCUCAGUUCGGAGGUUACUGGAUUGAAGGCACCAAUCACGAGCUGAUGAACAGAAAUGAUCUGGAUCAGCUGCUGUCUCCUACGUCCCAAAUCAAGCUGGAAAUCAACGUUACAGCCAAGAUCUACAGAAAACACUUCAUGGGAAAAGAACACUUUAAUUACUACACAUUGGACAGCGCUCUGGGCCACCUGGUCUUCUCAGUUAAAUACGAAGUGAUCGGGGACCAGGAGCACCUUCGUCUUAUGUUAAGGAGCAAAUUAAAGACAUAUCAUGAUGUGAUCCCGAUAUCAUGCCUGACUGAAUUCCCCAACGUUGUCCAGAUGGCCAAGCUUGUGUGUGAGGAUGUGAACGUGGAUCGCUUCUUCCCAGUGCUUUACCCAAAGGCUUCGCGGCUUAUUGUGACGUUUGAUGAGCAUGUCAUCAGUAACAACUUCAAGUUUGGAGUAAUAUAUCAGAAGUUUGGGCAGACGGUUGAGGAGGAGCUGUUUGGAAAUAACGAGGAAAGUCCAGCGUUUGUGGAGUUUUUAGAGUUUUUGGGUCAGAAGAUCAAGCUCCAUGAAUUUAAAGGUUUUCGGGGAGGCUUGGAUGUGACACACGGGCAAACAGGCACAGAAUCGGUCUACUACAACUUCCAUAACAAAGAGGUCAUGUUCCACGUCUCCACCAAGCUCCCCUUCACAGAAGGUGACACGCAGCAGCUGCAGAGGAAGAGACAUAUAGGAAAUGACAUUGUGGCCAUUGUGUUCCAAGAAGAGAACACUCCCUUUGUUCCAGACAUGAUCGCAUCAAACUUCCUGCAUGCCUACAUAGUGGUACAAGUGGAGAAUGCAUGUUCUGACAAUGUCUUGUACAAGGUGUCAGUGACUGCGAGAGAUGAUGUCCCAUUUUUUGGACCAGCCCUACCUGAUCCUGCCAUAUUCAAGAAGGGAACAGAGUUUCAUGAAUUUUUAUAUACAAAGCUAAUCAACGCUGAGCAUGCAUGCUACAAAGCUGAGAAGUUUGCCAGACUGGAGGAGCGCACUCGAGGAGCCCUGCUAGAGACACUGUACGAAGAGCUGCAUAUCAACAGUCAGGCCAUGAUGGGGCUCGGCGGCGAUGAGGAGAAGCUUGAGAAUGGAGGAGGAGGAGGAGGAGGCUUCUUCGAGUCUUUUAAGCGGGUGAUCCGCAACAGGAGCCACUCUCUGGAUGCCAUGAGUUUCAGUAUUGGGAAGCGUGCAGUCUCUUCUAGUCACAGCGGCAGUUUUACCCACAACAACAACGAACUGCUACUCUCACCAGAGGCCCCCAAAUACGCUGGGAUAUCAUUGCUUGUCCCAGGGAAAAGUCCCAGUAAAUACGGACGCCGCGGCAGUGCCAUAGGGAUAGGAACAAUAGAAGAGUCUCUGAUUAUUCCUGGGAAAAGUCCAACGAGGAAAAAAUCUGGCCCAUUCAACUCUCGCAGGAGCAGUGCCAUCGGCAUCGAGAACAUCCAGGAGGUGCAGGAAAAGAGGAUUGCCGCUCUCUUGUCAGAGGACAGGACAGUGCUCUGUGUCUCUCUGCCCAGCGUCAGUCUCAGGAACGGCAGGCUCAUCAUGGAUUCCUCCAACAGCAGGGACAGUUCACCGAGCACACAGAAGAAUCCUGACAGUGGACACAUAUCACAGGAACCCAAGUCUGAAAUCUCGUCCAAUCAGAGCUCACCUGAGGUCCUUGUCACUAAGAACAGCUCGGCCAUGUGCUUCAGAGCUCCGUCCAUCCCUGAAGCUCAAGACUUGUCACGCUCCUCCUCAAAUGCCAGCAGCUUUGCCAGUGUGGUGGAGGAGAACGAGGCCGAGGCCACUGAGGACUACGAUACAGGCAUGGAAAGUCUGUCAUCGGCAGGGACUCCACACAAGCGGGACUCGUUCACCUACAGCACAUGGCUAGACGACAAUGUAAACAUCAGCACCACCAGAAGGGGAAGCUCAUCUGGUAUAGGCAAACCUCCCGAUGGUGGUAAAGGUCAAGAGCAGAACCGGACUGACAUCCGCUUCAAACUAGAUCGACCAAUUGACCACAAGUCUACAUCGAGCUGCUAGCCUCUCCAGUCUGAUUACAUCAUGGAUCUCCAUUAACAGCUACCAUUAAAGGCAUUCCUAUAAAACUCAUGAGCUCGGGUUUUCACCGUGACUGCUCCUGCUGCUGAAGGUGAUGAUGAAGAUGAUGAUAAAAAGAUGAAAAUAACUCCAGGCUGCUCCACAGUGACAGAUGACAGAAAUGACAGGAUUGUGAUUAUGUACAUAACAGACUAUGUCCUGCAUCAGACUCCUGCUUUACAGGUCACUCAGUGCAAGACCCAGUGAGAGUGAGAGAGGAAGAGGUGGGAAUGAGGGGCACAGGCUGAAUGAAGAGACCUUAUUUGCACUGCAUCACUUUCCUUUUCCUGGUGAAUUUCUCGUCUGGUUUCCACUCUGCUGAAUUUGGCCUGUUCUGUUCUGUUCUUUUCUCAGUACUGCUUCUAGACCUUGUUAAAAAAAUCAAGUGCUUGAUUUUCUAGGUAUAAACUGCUAUCUGUUUCUCAUCUUGGCAAUUGCAUCCUAAAGCUGAGCCAUGUUGAGCUCCAAAUAUUCCAAAAAAAAAAAAAAUGCAGCGUGCAGCAAGAGCUUGUUCAUCAGGUAAAGCUGACUGGAAUGUUUCUCAGCCAUUGGCAUGGGUGUGCUUUUUUUUUUAAAUACUAUUAUUAUUACUGUCUGAAUUUUGUCUAGGUAAUAACUACUGAUAUUGUGUUCCACCUCCAGAAAAAUUUACAGUCAAACAUACAACCUAAAGAGCAAACCUUUCAUCAGUGUCAUUCUCAGAUUCUCAACAAAACAAGAAAAGUUUGAGUUCUUUAAAUAUUUCUAUUCUUUAAAUAGAAAUUGCAUAACAAAAAAUGGCUUACAUAAUCCUCAAAAAAGGUGAUUCAUCUCUCCAGCUAAGUAGCUCCAGGAUCCAUCAAAUGUGCUGAACUGUGUUGUUACAAACCUCAUAUGUCCUUCUAUAGUGAGAAAAGAGUUCUUGGUUAUUUCUGUGUAAGGGACAUUCAUCUUACUUAUAUACAACACAAAAACCAUGAUACACAACAGACUGUGAGUUCUUUCUCUAAUGUGCUUAUUGAAAUAUAAAAUGCGGUCUUGAUUCUUUAUUAACGUGUUCGGACCCUAGAUCUGUGACGCCACUUUUAACGUCUACCCAAAAUCAGACUUUCCCAUUCAAAUCCAUGCCACUACAGAAAAUAGUCAUAAAUAUUAAGAAUUUCUAUUACAGCUCAAGCUAAUAUGUUGUAAAAUAUCUAUUUUUUUUUCAGACAUAAAGAUUAGUUUAUUUAGAUCAACUCUAUCUAAGUGUAAACCUGACACUGUCGUUGAACCUCAGUAAUGCCGAAAGCACCGAUCAUGUGUCUAGAGUUCACUGAGAAUAGCUACUGUAACACAACGGAUUCCAGUGCCUGUGGUUGCCUUAGUGUAAUGUACACCGGCAAUCAGGGAGAAGUGAGGUAGCUGAAGGAAUAAAUGUGGAGUAAAUAUUUGAGUAUAUAUAUAUACAUGUUUAUUUAUUUAAAAAAAAAAAAAAAGUUUAACAUUGUGUUUUAUUUGUCUCAGUGGCCAAUGCAUCAGCAGAACUUUAUUCAUUUUUGUUGAUAAGCUAAAAGGAAAACUAUGAAUUAAUCCUGUAAACACUUAAUCUUUUAAAGUGUGUUGUUGUGAGAGAGAUAAAUAUAAAUGUGGACCCAGUGAGGGGGUUCUGGGAGUUUCCCUGACAGACCUUUAGGCUUGCUUUUUAAUGCAAGUCAUCACUGUGUGACGAUGAAGGACAUUUUCAAAGUUUAUAGAAAUACUUUGAAUAAAAUGAUUACAAAUGAUUUUUAAAAUAAAUUGAAUAAGCAGCCCAGAUUAGUGCUUAGUGCUUUUGUGCCCCUCUGUGGUCAGUUCUGGUCUUCUUAAGCCAGAAGCAUCCAUAAUGUAGUUUCAGUGCAAAAACCGAAUUAGGUAACAAAAAAAAUAAUCAAUUUCAGGCAGCAAAUGUGUGCUUCUCAAAACAGGGUACUGAUCAAGCAAUGCUACGACUGUUAGUGUGAAUUCUUCAUGCUUUUGUGGGCUCAUUUGUGUAAAUACUGCUGUUUUGUACAUAGGCCUACUGCCCAAAAAAAAGGAAGAAAAUAAAUAAAGAGAUUUGGGUGGAA